GGGACACAAUGUAGCGAGGGCGGCGGGCCGCGUUACAAUGUAGCGAGGGCGGCGGCGGUCAGGUGGGAUGCUAUGGAAUAUGAUGAGAAGUUGGCCCGGUUCCGGCAGGCCCACCUCAACCCCUUCAACAAACAGACUGAGCCGAGGCAGCAUGAGCAGGAGCCUGGUGAGGAGGCCCUGGACCUUGCUCCUAAAGCCUUUCCCACAGAUGCUCUGCCUGAGCUGCCUGCUGGGGAGCCUGAGUUCUGCUGCAUGGAGCGUGUGAUGGAUCUCGGCCUGUCUGAGGACCACUUCUCCCGCCCUGUGGGUCUGUUCCUGGCCUCUGACAUCCCACAGCUGCAGCAGGCAAUCGAGGAGUGCAAGCGGGUCAUUCUGGAGCUGCCUGAGCAGUCGGAAAAGCAGAAAGAUGCUGUGGUGAGGCUCAUCCAUCUCCGACUGAAGCUGCAGGAGCUUAAGGACCCCAAUGAGGAUGAGCCCCAUCUCCGCAUCCUCCUGGAUCAUCGCUUCUAUAAGGAGAAGAGCAAGAGUGUCAAGCAGACCUGUGAUAAGUGCAACACCCUCAUCUGGGGGCUCAUCCAGACCUGGUACACCUGCACAGGGUGCGGUUACCGCUGCCACAGCAAGUGCUUGAGCCUCAUCUCCAAGCCCUGUGUGAGCUCCAGAGUCAGCCACCAAGCCGAGUAUGAGCUGAACAUCUGUCCAGAGACAGGACUGGACAGCCAGGAUUACCGCUGUGCAGAUUGCCGGGCACCCAUCUCUCUGCGUGGUGUGCCCAGUGAGGCGAGGCAAUGUGACUACACCGGCCAGUACUACUGCAGCCACUGCCACUGGAACGACCUGGCUGUCAUCCCUGCACGAGUUGUGCAUAACUGGGACUUUGAGCCUCGCAAGGUGUCACGCUGCAGCAUGCGCUACCUGGCACUGAUGGUGUCUCGACCAGUGCUCAGGCUGCGGGAGAUCAACCCUCUGCUGUUCAACUAUGUGGAGGAGCUAGUAGAGAUCCGGAAACUGCGCCAGGACAUCCUGCUCAUGAAGCCAUACUUCAUCACUUGCAAGGAGGCCAUGGAGGCACGUCUGCUGCUGCAGCUUCAGGACCGGCAGCACUUUGUGGAGAACGAUGAGAUGUACUCAGUCCAAGACCUCCUGGAUGUGCGCUUGGGCCGGCUGGGCUGCUCCCUCACUGAGAUCCACACGCUAUUUGCCAAGCAUAUCAAGCUGGACUGUGAGCGAUGCCAGGCCAAAGGCUUCGUGUGUGAGCUCUGCAGGGAGGGCGACGUGCUCUUUCCAUUUGACAGCCACACAUCUGUGUGCACUGACUGUUCAGCUGUCUUCCACAGGGACUGCUAUUAUGACAACUCCACUACCUGCCCCAAAUGUGCCCGGCUCAGCCUGCGGAAACAGUCACUCUUCCAGGAGUCUGGCCCAGGUGUGGACGCCUAAGGCUGAGGGAGGACGGCCUGCACCAACUCCACUGACAUUGCCAGAGUUGUUUGUCCUGCUCUGGAGACCCCUGGGGUGCAGCCCCUGGUCCUCUCCACCCCUGUGGGGCCGGGGGUAGUGAGCAGGACCAUCAUCCCUCAGGUGUUUGGUGGGACUUGGGGUGGCCACACCUGGCUGUUACCUGGGGUGCUGCCAUGAGGGGUCCUCUUCCCCCACUGCAGCACUCUGUGGAGAGAGGGAGGACUAAUUACCUCCCCCAUGGCACAGAGCCCUCCACUCCCCUGGGCCAAGUUUUCUGGGCUGGACCAUGAUGCCAUGGACCCUGUCCCAGUCACCCUGGAAACUUGUCAAGUCUCCGGAGAGCUUUAGAGCAGAGGUCCCCAGGACCUAACAACUCCUUGUGUAUCUCAGCUCUGCCUGCAGAGGAUGGUUUGGGUUCUGGCCUCUAGCCAAUCAUCUCUAGGGAAGCCUCUCUGGUGGACUUGCCCCUGUCCUGGCCUCCUGAAGUUCUUCUGAGUCCUCCCUAGGCUGUCAAUCUAGCGGGGUUAACUUUUUUCUGUACAACAGGGAGGGAAGGGGACCAUGGCCCAGCCUACCCUAUUCUGGUUCUUCAAACUGGAAGGCUGGGGGCCCAGCCUGGGGAGGAUGUCCCAGCCUCCAGGACUGGAACAGGGACAGCACUUCAGGGCAGGUCCAGGGUAGGUUAUAAUUGACCUGCGUGCCAUUUCUUGGGACCAAAUUUGCCUCUGAGGAGUGCCAUCCUGCUGCCUGUAGAGGGCUCUGGCUGGCUUGGAGAUGACCGGCCAGCAACCUCUUGUUUGUGGUCCUGAGGUCAAGAACUGCGAGUAUUUGCUUAAGGGAGCCUGGGCAUGAGCCUAGAGCCCAUCUGGAAAGAUUAGGGAGUGGGUGUGGGAGGCCCCUCGUCCAUGUGACAAAGGGCCCUUGACAGCAGACAAGCCUUAUAGCUCUUCAUGGGGGAAGGGCAUACUGGACCUCUGUGUUUGCACUUUAUAGAUCCUGCAGUUGAGAGGGGCUGUAGGAGAGAAUGUUUCAGGACACAGCUUCCUGAUCUUUCACCCCUGGGAAGCAGGGGCUACUUGCUUCUGCCUUCCUCUUCUCCCUGGACUGUGUGCAUAUGGUUGGCACAUGUGGGCAGAGGGUGGGUACUGUAGCUGCUGGGAUAACUGGGAAGCCCAAGAGAUGCCUUGGUCAGGAGAAAGGGCAGCCUGGCCCAAUGGCUCACUGAGGGGUGGACAAAACAGUAUUGCCUCCUCUUUGCUCCUCCCUCUGUGCCAUCAGGAAAGGGAUGGUGGUGUUUUCCUCCACAUGGGGCUGUAGGCACAGCUCUGUCUGUCCUGUGUCAGUUUCCCUGCAUGAGAGGUAGGGUACUGGUGUGGACCUGCCUCAGGGUGGGAUGGGGAGAAGGGAGCUGAACCCUCUAAAGAGAGAGCUGUGAAAUCAGGUCAAUGGCAGGUCCCUCUCCUGCUUUCUCUUCUUUGGGGUGAAGGGUGGGUAAAGGCCAAAUGCCCUUUUCCUACAUCCUUAAAUCUGCACAUUUGUCACAACUGCAUCACAUUUCUGUCAUAAAUAGUGGCUAUUCCUGAAUCUCUUGUGUGAUCAGCCUAACACUCCAUGUACAUGUCACUGUGUCCAUAGAGCAUGCAGGCAUUUGUUGGACAAAGGGUUGCACCCUUUUUAACCUUCUCAACAUCUCUUCCUCACCUGCCCCUGUGGACGAUAAAGUCUUUAAACAGAAUCAUAUGUGGGUGUUUCUACAAGCCCACAGCACAACAGAGAGGACUGGUUGGCAUAGCCAGCUCUUACAGAAGAGCACAUGGAAGGGUGGUGUUUUGCCUGGGACCAGGCUGGCCUGAGGGAUGCCCAGUUGUAACAAUGCUGCUAUCACUGUCUCAUUAAAUUUGUGUCCUCUAGACUCUGGUGUGUGUGGUAAAUUGGAGACAAAGCUGAGAGUUCUUUUUUUUUUUUUUAUGAGACAGAGCCUCACUAUGUCACCUUCAGUAGAGUGCCAUAACAUCAUAGCUUACAGCAACCUCAAACUCUUGGGCUUAAGCGAUUCUCUUGCCUCAUCCUCCCAAGUAGCUGGAACUACAGGUGCCUGCCACAACGCCUGGCUAUUUUUUGUUGCAGUUGUCAUUGUUAGCUGGCCCGAGCUGGGUUCAAACCCGCCAGCCUCAGUGUGUGUGGCCAGUGGAGCUGAGGUUGAACUUAUUUUCAUGUUUCAGGGUCUUUUUUAUUUAUGAUUAUGUCUUUUGCCCGUUUUUCUAUUGGAUUUUUGGUAUUUUUUCUUCAAGAGUUCUUCACAUAUCAGGGAUAUUAUAUAUAUAUAUAUUAUAUCUGUGAAAUAUAUUGCAAAUAUUUUCUUUCAGUUUGUGAAUUCAUUUUUGAUUUUGUGGAGUUUUCUUUCCUUUGUAGAGUUUUGUUUAUGUUUUUAUAUGGUCAUGUUGAUUAAUAUUUUCUUGUAUUUCAUCCGUAAUUUGAGUCCUGUAAGUCCUUUCUACACCCAGGUUAAAGAGGCAUUGGCAUAAGUGUUUUUGCAGGACUUGCAUGCUUUCAUUUUUACAUUUAGAUUCCUAAUCCCUUUAUUCUUUCUUUUCUUUUUUAGACAGUCUCAUUUUGUUACCCUCAGUAGAUUACCGUAGCAUCAUAGCUCACAGCAACCUCAAACUCCUGGGCUAAAGUGAUCCUCUUGCCUCAGACCCUCUCUCACCCCACUGAGUAGCUGGGACUAUAGGUGCCCGCCACAACACCUGGCUAUUUUUAGAGAUGAGGUCUCACUCUGGCUCAGGCUGGUCUCGAACCUGUGAGCUCAGGCAAUACACCCACCUCAGCUUCCCAGGUUGCUAGGAUUACAGGCGUGAGUCACCAUGCCCGGCCUUGGAGUUUAUUCUUAUGCAGGCUGUGAAAUAUGGAUCUAAUUUUAUGUUUUUCUAGAUUGUUAACCAGUUGUCCUGCACCAUUAAUAAAAAAGUCUAUCUGCAUCUAUUUCUGGACUUUUAUUCUAUUCCACGGGUCUAUUUUAUUCUGCCUCAUAGAUCUGACUACUACAUUGCUUUAAUUACAGAAGCUUUUAUGGUAUGUUUUAAUGUCUGGAGGGGCUAGUCUCCCCUUUGCAAAUUUUCAUUUUUUAUUAUUUAUUUGUUUUUAGACAGAGCCUUAAGCUGUCACCCUGGGUAGACUGCUGUGGCAUCACAGCUCACAGCAACCUCCAACUCCUGGACUUAAGUGAUUCUCUUGCCUUAGCCUCCCAAGUAGCUGGGACUACAGGUGCCCGCCACAACGUCCGGCUAUUUUUUGGUUAUAGUUGUCGUUGUUGUUUGGCAGGCCUGGGCUGGAUUCAAACCUGCCAGCUCUGGUGUAUGUGGCUGGCGCCUUAGCUGCUUGAGCUACAGGCGCCAAGUUCAAAUUUUCAUUUCUUAAGAAGUAUUUUCUUGGCUGUUCUUUUUUUUUAAUUUUUUUAUUGUUGCAGUUUGGCCGGGGUUGGGUUUGAACUCACCACUCUCAGUACAUAGGGCCAGCACCCUACUCACUGAGCCACAGGCACCACCCUUUCUUGGCUAUUCUUGUAUGUAUUUUUUUUUUUUAGAGACAGAGUCUCACUUUAUCACCCUUGGUAGAGUGCCGUGGUGUCACAGCUCACAGCAACUUCCAACUCCUGGGCUUAGGCGAUUCUCUUGCCUCAGCCUCCCAAGUAGCUGGUAUUACAGGCGCCUGCCACAAUACCUGGCUAUUUUUUGUUGCAGUUUGGCCAGGGCCAGGUUCGAACCCUCCACCCUUGGUAUUUGGGGCUGGCGCCCUACUCACUGAGCCACAGGCGCUGCCCAAUAAGCAUUUUUUUCAUGGUGCUUCUGAUUUACUUUUGGUUACAUAAACUGAAAAAUGAGCUAAGAUAGUUGCUCUGAGUGCUGUUCAUUGCAUCGAUUGCUCUAGAAACUUUUCUUUUUUGAGACAGAGUCUCAUUAUGUUGCCCCCCGGUAGAGUGCCAUGGCAAUACUUUUUUUUUUUUUUUUUGAGAUAGUCUCAAGCUGUCUCCCUGGGUAGAGUGCCGUAGCGUCAUAGCUCACAGCAAAUCCAACUCUUGGGCUCAAGUGAUACACUUGUCUCAGUUGUUCUAUUUUAGUAGAAACGGGGGCUUUUGCUCAGGCUGGUCUCAAACUCGUGUGCUCAAGCAAUCCACCCGCCUCGG